AUGGAGAAGAUGUGGGUUCCUGAAAAGUCACAAGCUUUGAAAGAUAAAGUCUGGGUGGAAGCAAGGUUUCCGGAAAAAUUUCACAGCGCUGUUUUCAUUCUACAACAUGCAAAUGUUCUGACAGUGGAAAGUCUUCGCAAGGUUUAAGCAUUUCUUUUUCAAGACUGUGUAAAAGAUGCCUUCGGUUUCGAAAACAAUUUCCAUUCAUAAUGUAUUGAUAUAAUGAGGCCCUUAAUUUCAGAUGUUUCCCAUAUGUUGACGAUUUGUGAAAAUUCUAAAGACUAUUUUACUGUUUCAGAUGAUGGAAAUUCAUUCGCGCGUUGUUAAUAUCACCAUUACAUCUGAGGGAAAGAAAUUAUUUUGGACAGAUAUGUGCUUUAGGUAGGCAAUAAUUUGUUAUCAAGAGACCAGCAGCUGUUAGCGAGAGGUUGUUACGACAAAUAACAGCUUGUAAAGUACCCUAAAGUAGUUUAGGUAAAUGAGGACGAAACUGUAUAAGAUUUACAGAUAUCGAUUAAGCAUUCAUUUGUUGAAUUUUCUUCACCGAUUAUCAAAGGACAAAAACAAUGUUAUGGAAAAUCAAAGCAGUGUUUGGAAUUAUAAUUCACUAAAAUAAAUAUUGUUUAUCUUGAAGGGUUGGAGGAAAAUGUGCGAUGCAAAGCAUUCUGGAAUUGUGGUUAUUCAAAAAAGCGGAACUUGAGAAGAAUUUGACUAAUGAGGAAAUAUUUUGUGAGCUUGAAAAGCGACAGACUUUCAGGUAUUGGUGAAAUGCUUUUUAUAAAAGGAAAAAAAUAGUAGAAUAGUCUGAUAUAGUAUAUUGAUAAGUAUAUAAAUCCGGCGAGAAGAACCUUGCAAUAAAAAAUGCCUGUAUCAAAUGGUCUCAGUUUUGUCAACUAACCCUUAUUGGCAGCUGCAGCUAGGAUCGUGGGAAACAAAGUCGAGAGUCCACAUAACAUAAAACAAAACAGUUGAAGGGCCGAAAUUUACAUUCGUGGAAAUUGUGGUUUGAUUCCUGUCAGUGACGUUUGUAAAAUAGCAUUUUAAAAACGCGGGCGCUGAUUGGUCAAAAGCUAAAAAAAAAGUGUUUCUAUAACUUGAUAGAAACACGAGGAAUUUUCACGCGGGUCUUGUGGAUUGCGCGGGAGUUUGAAAGACAAAAUACAAGCAAUAUUUAAUAUUGUAAAAAAGUUGGAAAACGUCCGGAAACGCCAAAGAACCGACACAAAAAAGGCAACGUACGCUUUACUAACUUUGAGCAUGAAAGCGAACUAAAGCACAAAGUAUAAUAUAGCAUACAUUGUAUCUGUUUGACUGUUUUCCAAGGUAAAAUAUUUUAAUUUUACUUUGUCUUUUUAAAAAAAUAAUAUUUCCUCCGGACGUUUUUAAUCAUGUUUACUAUGUUUUUAAUCCUUCUUAAUCAUGUUUAAACGUUCACUAACUAUUUAAAACAGUGUUUUCUUUGAAAGCAUGUACGUUCUUAAGUGCUGUCUGUUGUUUUGACAGCGAUAUACCCGUUUACAUGGGUAGGCUUUUACUAAUUAUUCUUUACACGAAUGUAUACUAAGAUAGAAUUAAUAUUUGAAUGAAUGUAAUUAAAAUCAAUAAAUUUAUCUUUUUUAUGUACUAUUUAAAGCACGCGUAGGAGUGUUUUAUCACUAUAUAAAACACGACGCGUAGCGGAGUGUUUUAUAUAUAUGUGAUAAAACACGACUACAAGUGCUUUAAAUGGCUUCAAAAACGACUCAUCUUAUACGAGUUACUGGCAAGUAAUUUUUAAAAUAAACUUUGUCUAAACCAAGAAAAUCAAAGCAAAAGUUUAUGUAAAUUAACAUGAUUUUUUAUCACAUAUAAAACCACGACACGCUUAUGAUUUUUCUUUGUGUUUUCCUCCUGAAUUAUUAAUGAGGUUUUGAAUGUUUUUAAAAGGCUAUUUAAUAAAGGAAAUAGAAAACAUUUUUGCGUGUUCGUAUAGAAUUUAUAGAAACACUUGUGGAAGUUGGGAGAAAUUCGUAAUUGCGUGGAAAUUUCCACGCAAUUUCCCGUUUCUCCCAAACGUCCACGUCACGCGUGUUUCUAUAACUCUAUGGAAACACGGAAAAUGUUUUCUAUUUGUUAAAUAGCUUCUUUUUUCGCAGCUAUUCCUGGUUAAAUCUAAUAAAUGUAUAUAUUAAAUUUUCACUCGAUAAUUUCCGUCUACAAGGCUUUCAAUUAUUCAUUGAAUUAAGUGAGAUGCAAACAAAAUCUCGAUGUUUACCCAUAAUCUAAACAUGGCAGUACCCACGUUUAUAUGGUUAGAGCUCGACAUCUGGCUUCUCUAGCUCAGUUAUAUUUAGAGUGCUUCACCGGGAUCACAGGGCCGUGGGUUCGAUUCCUACCAGGUACCUAUAGCUGGGGCUAACCAAGACAAGUUCCAUUUACUUUCUGCCUUGAAAUUUCUGAAUUUCAAUAUAAAUGGUAAAUAAUUAUGGUGUUUCUGUUUCCAGUUUGAAAUAAAAUUCGAUGUUUAUAUUUUCAGCCCAUACUCAAACAGGCCAUUCAGUUUAGAGCGAGUGGUUGGUGGUCUUACAUAUAAAGAUGGCAAUAUUUCAGGUGCUAGAGCCUUCAAGGCUUCGUAUGCUGUCGAGUCAAAAUUGGAGUUGGAUAAAUCUUCUGGAGAAGAGGUUAGAUGGUUGCUCUAAAUAUCGUGAGUUUCCUAUGCAUGAUGGGUAAGUAACAUGUUCAUGGUGAAUAUAAAAGGUCGAUAUUUUCGCUUUUUUUAGAUUGACAGAAGAGCAAUAAUGUGGGAAAAAGAAUUUGCCAAUAUUUUGGAUGAAUACGAUGAUGUGGUGUAUUUUACCAACACAAAGUAA